AUGAAGAGGAGCAGUGCAAAUCUUGCAGACAGCCCCACGUGCGCCAAAAGGAAAAAAAACAAAUGGGCAUUUCACUCCGCACCCUUUGAAUGCAAAAAAAAUAGCUACAUACGUUGUAGGCGGAACAACUUCAACAACUUGGGCGGACUGCUCCUGGAAAAAAACUUUUUCUUUUUUAAUUUCCUCCUAAGCGUGAAAUGUAACGAAGAGAAAAAAAUAUAUAUAAAAAAUAAAACACACACUUCGGAAUGUGCCACAUUGGAUGGCGAUGCAGAAUUGCAGUUGUAUUGCCUCAGCCAGGGAGAGCAAGUAUUCCUUCCACAGGAUGAUCAAAAUGACAGGAACGGGCAGGUGGCAACGCUCGUUCAGCGAACAGACAUCUGUGAGCCAACGGGGGAGGCCCCAGAAAGGCAAAAAGAGGGAAAUGAAAAAUCAAGGGCUGAAUGUUCCACAGGGAAUUUAAUAGAAAAAUAUAAGAACACUCUGCUGAAAAAAAAUUUUUUUUUUUACAUAAAGAAUUACAUUCAUCACACCUUGAGUCAUGUGGACAUAUGCAGGGAGGAGAAACCAAAUGAAUCAUUUUUCGAAUUUUACAGUAAUUUCAAAAAUAAAAAAAAAAAAAUUUAUUUUCACAAUUCAGAGGCCUUGUUAAGUGACGUAUACUUCGACGUCUCGGAGGUGUCUGAUGAUUCUGACUACAACUUCUUUUAUGAAAAGUCUAACCACGUACAUGAGUACGAUUUUGAGGAUGGGUCAGAUGAAGGGGGAGCGGAAAAUGAGAAGGUGAUGGAAGAGCCACAUGAUUCUGAUGACGUGGAGAAGACAAACGGGAACAUGUGCCUCAUCCCGAAUUUAAGUAAAAAGCUGAACUCUCUGAACUUCCAAAAGCGCCACUCAAUUUUGUCCCUGGACGAUGAUAAGAGUAAACGUGAGGCGAAGGAACGGAAAUUUGCAAAGUACGCGUGCGAGCGAUGCCGAGGGGGGGGGUAUGGUGAACAGAGAGAUCUUUCUGAUGCGUCUAACAAACCUAACCCCUCUGGUGAGGGUGGGAACGUUUGCCUACUGCAGAUCCUCAUUUCGAAUUUAACAAAAGGGGAACUAGUUUUCUGGGCGAAAAUAAAAAGUUGCAUAGAGGAAUUCCUUGGGACGAUAAAAGCGAUCGUCCUUUUCAAGGGCAUAGGCAACUAUGUCGAAACACCAUACAUAGAAAUUAUGGACCAAAUAGAAAAACGAAAAACAGAAGAAGAACAUAUAAAAUAUAUAAAAAAAAAAAAAAAAUUAGUAACUCUGAGGAAAGAACAAAAAUGCAUCAAGUGCUUGUUCGAAAGGACGAUAAACUCUGUUCGAAUUUCCAUCAAAUAUGACUUAACCCUAUCGAAUAAAAAUUUCAAUUAUCUCUUCAAAGAUAGGAUAUGUAAAUAUAAAAAAUUUAUUGAGAAAAUGCUAAGGCAGAAUUUGGGAGCAAGUGCCAAUAUGGUCCACAAAGACGAGAGGUCCGCUUUUUUACCCAGUCAAUUAAAUCCCAUUGUUUUUAAAAAUUGCAAAAAGAAAAAUUACGAUUUUUCUCUUCUUAUUCACAGUGUGCAUUUGGAACUGUAUGGAUAUAUUUACAUGCGUGAUUAUUUAUUUUUCCUACUCACCAUGGUGGAGGUUUACGUGUUUUUUCACUUUAAUGACAUCAACUAUACAUAUGCGCACAACACAGAUUUGUUUCUCGAUCAAAUUUUAAAAAAUCUUUUCACUUAA